AUGCACCAUACGCCCCAAGUGAAAAAAAUAUCCUGCGACCCCGGCCAUAACCCCAAUGAGCCUGUAUAUACAGACUUGGAUCUGCCUCAGAUGAGUUCCGAUUAUCAGCAACUGGAUAGACCGAUAAGAAGACGAGAGCCAGAGACACAUUAUCAGGAAUUGAGAGCACAUACAAGCGAUGAAUACCAGGAAAUAAGAACUAAACCUCGCAAAGGCAAGAACAAAUCUAAUGAGGGUCGAGCAGGGAGAAACAGGAAUGCAGCCGAGGCUGUGGAGAUGGAAACAUUUCCCACUGAUGCAUUACACAAUUAACACAGAGCACAAGCUCAGGAGCAACCUCUAUAUCUGUUAACAGAUAAAUUGUAUAUCUUUGCUGAAUGCAUUUAUAUCUUUUUUUUAAUUUGUUACUUCGCCUG